AUGUCUCGUUCUCUCGUCGGCGCCGCCCUGGCGCUCUCCUGGCUGGCCCAGACGCCGCUGGCAGCUGGCAGCGCGAGCAGCGGGGGCUGGUACGAACAGAAGCCGACCUGCACAGGCUUCAACUCGCUGUGCGGCGACGGUUUUCAUUGCACGGUCGACAUGGGGGACUGCCGGGACGGACAGUGCUACACCAUGAUGGGCGCCCCCACAGCGUGCGCUCCGGCCGUGAUGGGCUGCAACGAGAUGGACACGAAGGCCGCCGAGGGAGGCUGCUGCCCCGAGGGCACGCUGCCCGCGGGGCCCGGCAGCUGCGUGGAGGUCAGCUGUGAGAGCAAGCUCCAUUACCACUGCGGCAGCGAUGCCUCUGCGGCGCCCGCCUGCGCAGAGGAGCCCACGGCACCAGCGGAGCUGGGCGCGAGCAUCACCGGCACGGUGACCAGGUGCGCCAAGGGCAGCGCGGUGUGCUACGCACUCGACAUCCAGCCCUUGUCUGGGUCGUGGGAGUGGGUCUACCAGGAGAAGGACAGGCUGUACCUCGCGCGCGGCUGCGACUCGGACCCUGGCCCGGACCCCGCCUCGGACCCUGCCCCCAUCAGCGGCGCCGCGGGCAGCCACGGGCUGGUGGCGCUGCUGCUCCCGGGGCUGCUGCUGCCUGCCGCGAGGCUGCUCUCCGCCGCGUAG